UCUUGUUGCGUUGCUGGUGCAAGCCCCUCUUCCAGAAGAACUGCUCUUGCCUGUCUCCGCCUCCGCGGGAACAGCCGAAGGGGGGUGCGGAGCGAUAAAAAUUUAUGUUUUCAUCAAACCGGGCCAAGGAGAAUGGGGGUCCCACACCCAAAAGAAUGAAGACACGACAGAACAAGGACUCGAUGUCAAUGCGGAGUGGACGGAAGAAAGAGACUCCAGGGCCCCGAGAGGAGCUCAGGUCACGGGGUCGAGCUUCCCCCGGGGGCGUCAGCACCUCCAGCAGCGAUGGCAAGGCUGAGAAAUCCCGACAAGCAACAAAGAAAGGCCGGGUGGAGGAAUCCUGUACCCCCAAGGGCAGCAAGCAGGGCCGAACAGAAGAGAUCUCAGAGAGCGAAGGGGAGGACACCAACGCUCCCAAAAAAACCAAAACCGAGGAGCUGCCCUGCCCUCCAUCCCCAUCCGAUGUUGACAGCCUUGACGGCCACAGCUUCAACGAUGAGAUGAGCAGCGACCCACGGGACAUUGACCAGGAUAACAGGAGCACUUCACCCAGCGUCUACAGCCCUGGCAGCGUGGAGAAUGACUCCGACUCCUCCUCGGUGCUGUCCCAGGGGCCCUCUCACUCCUACCACCACCCUCCUCCGGUAGCUCCCCCUCCCGACAGCCUGGCCCGUCCACCCGAGCCCAGCUUUGGGCUCCCGGGUGAGGUGCACCCCCAGGGACCCCCCGCAGGGAGCUACCACUCCCAGCUGGAGGGCCAGGCCUCCCGCAUUUUCCAGGCUCAAGCCCCGCAGACACCCGCCUCCUCCUCCUCUGCUGUUGCUGCCCCUUCCGCUCCCUCUUCCUCCUCCUCCUCUUCCUCUUCUUCCUCCUCCUCCUCCUCCGCCCAUGCUCCUCUUUACCCUACGGCCAACGUGGUCCAGGUUGGGGCCAAAAUUGCCGGUGGAGUUGGGGGGCUCUCAGCACCAGGGGGUCGCGAGCAGACCCUCAGCGCCAAGCACAAUCCGCCACCCACCACCCCCAUCUCGCUGGCGUCAGUGGUCGGGGGGCUCCCCCCUCAAAAGACGCCCCCAGCCAACCCUCCGGCCGCCCCGCCGGCUUCGGCCCCUUCCUUCCCCCACGUCUCCGCCAAUCUGCCUCCCCCUCCAGCCCUGCGCCCGCUCAACAACCCGGUGGCCGCCUCCAGCUCCCCGGGGAUGGUGGGGCAGGCUCUGAGCGGCCAUCUUCCUUCACCCCACGGGAUGGGGCAGGACAAGGCACCAGCCCUGGCCCCCUCCCGCUACCCCUACGCCCCGCCGCCGCUGCCGCCCUCCAGCUCCUCGGCCCAGUACCCCCAGCCCUCCCCAGCCCAGCCCUUGCCCAGUUACAGUGCCUCCUACGGCCACUCAUUCCCUCCGCCCAGCGGCCUCUCCGUCUCCAGCCAGCCCCCCAAGUACACCCAGCCCUCCCUGCCCUCCCAGCCCGUCUGGAGCCAGGGGCCCCCCCCCUACAGUCGCCCCGUGGGCAACCGCAGCCCGCCGCCCCCGCUCCCUCUCAGCGCCGCGCAGAUCAAGCAGGAGCCGUCGGAGGAGUACGAACCCCCCGAGAGCCCCGUGCCGCCUGCUCGCAGCCCCUCGCCGCCCCCCAAGGUGGUGGACGUGCCGAGCCACGCCAGCCAGUCAGCCAGAUUCAACAAACACCUGGACCGCGGCUUCAACUCCUGCUCCCGCACGGACCUGUACUUCGUGCCCCUGGACGGCUCCAAGCUGGCCAAGAAAAGGGCAGACUUGGUGGAGAAAGUGCGGCGAGAGGCUGAGCAGAAGGCGCGGGAAGAGAAGGAGCGGGAACGGGAACGGGAGCGGGAGAAGGAGCGGGAGAAGGAGCGGGAGAUGGAGAGGAGCGUGAAGAUGGCCCAGGAGGGCCGGCCAGUUGAGUGCUCGUCCCUCGGGCCGGUUCCCCACCGCCCCUCCUUCGAGCAGGGCAGUGCUGUAGCGACUGUUCCCCCGUACCUGGGCCCCGACACCCCAGCUCUGCGCACCCUCAGCGAAUACGCACGGCCCCACGUCAUGUCCCCCAGCAACCGCAACCACCCUUUCUAUGUGCCGCUGGGUGCGGUUGACCCGGGCUUGCUGGGGUACAACGUGCCGGCCAUCUACAGCAGUGAUCCAGCAACGCGGGAGCGAGAGCUGAGGGAGCGGGAAGCCCGCGAACGAGAUCUGAGGGACCGGGACCUGCGUGAACGUCUCAAGCCCGGCUUUGAAGUCAAGCCAGCCGAGUUGGAGCAGCUCCACGCUGUGCCAGCUGCUGCCAUGGAUCCAUUCCCACGCCACGGCGGGCUGAGUCUGCAGACGGCCCCCGGCCUUCAUCCCGCUUUUCCCUUCCACCCAGGGCUGGGCCACUUGGAGCGGGAGAGGCUGGCGCUGGCAGCCGGCCCGACCCUUCGUCCCGACAUGUCCUACGCCGAGCGCUUGGCAGCUGAGCGCCAGCACGCCGAGCGGGUGGCUGCUCUCAGCAAUGACCCUCUGGCCCGGCUGCAGAUGCUCAAUGUGACACCUCACCAUCAUCAGCAUUCCCACAUCCACUCCCACCUCCACCUCCACCAGCAGGAUGCCAUACAUGCAGCCUCGGCCUCUGUUCACCCUCUUAUCGAUCCGCUCGCCUCGGGAUCGCACCUCACCCGGAUACCAUACCCAGCUGGAACCAUCCCCAACCCUCUCCUGCCUCACCCUCUACAUGAGAACGAAGUGCUGCGCCACCAGCUUUUCGCUGCACCCUACAGGGACCUGCCGGGCUCUCUCUCCGCGCCCAUGUCGGCAGCACAUCAGCUCCAGGCCAUGCACGCGCAGUCAGCUGAGCUGCAGCGCCUGGCGCUGGAACAGCAGCAGUGGCUUCACGCCCAUCACCCUCUGCACGGCGUGCCGCUCCCGACGCAGGAGGAUUACUACAGCCACCUGAAGAAAGAAAGCGACAAACCCCUUUAA